GAAGAGUCUCUGGGGACUGCAUUCCGAGUAAAGGAAGGGGGAGAGGGACAGAGAGGAAGGUAGAGGGAAGGGGAGAAGGAAGCAGGGAGAGGAGGAAGAAGAAGGAAGGAAGGGAGAGAGGGAGGAAGGAGAAUGAUGGCAAAACCAGUACAAUCCUAAUUCGGUUUAGUUUCAACUUCUCUGUGCAUUCUCAGCUUUUCUCUUCGCUCUCCUCCUAGUUCUCUUUUCUCCUCCGCCUCUCUCUCUCUCUCUCUCUCUCUCUCUCUCUCUCUGUCUCUGUCUCUCUCCCUGUCUGGUGUUUAGUUUGCAUGUUGGUUUGGGGGUAACAGGGUGAUGCUUGCUGAGUGGCUGCAGCCUUUCUGGGGGAUGACAUGGCCAAGGCCUAAGGCAGCUGGUCAGGGAUUAGCCCAGAGUGGGGUGUUCCCUGGCGGUGGUGGGACCCCAGGCGCAAGGGUAGGGGCCUGGUGUGUGCCACAGCCCGUUGGUCAGUUGCACUGCACCCCCCGAGCGCCUGCCCCAGCCCCGGCAGUUUUCACCCGCUAAUCAGAAGCAGACACAAGCUGCUGGGUAUGCCUCGGCCCGGCGCCCCCUUUCUCGGAAAUCCCCCAAUCUGGAAACUAUUAAACUCAGACGGCUUGAAAUAUAGCGCUUUAAUAUCUCAGGCUGCCCAUUCUGGCGAGGGGUGCAGGGUGUUGUUCUGAGUACUUGGGGAAUACCACCGUAAAAGAAAAUAACUGGGGAUCCCAGUCCUUCUGGAGCUUCCUCCACGGCAUGGCCUUCCAGGAUUGGUGAGGCACUUGGAGGGACCAGCCCCUUCCCCAUCAUUUGAAUCUCCUACCCCCUCCUUCCAUUCAGCAGGCCAAUUUCGGGGGCUAGAGGAAGGCUGGAAGGCAGGAACGUUUUGCUGGGAUGAUCUUUGAGGGGGAUGGUCAAAAGUCGCAAACACUGGUUUUCCCAGUGGCUGAAGCACCCUCUCCUCUUGCCCACUGCAGAGACCUCCUCCCUGAUUCCAGAAGCAAUUGUUUUCUUGGCCCUUUCGCAAGGUGCUUUGCCAAUAGUUUAUUCUCUUUUCUCGGUCCUCACACACCCCACCCCCUUGGCCACUUUGCUCUCCUGGGACCCUGGCCUCAGUUCCGCUCCAGGACCCGUCCCCCCCCCCCCCCGGGGGGCUGACUGCCUCCUGACUGUGGGGACUCAGGCUUUUCUCCCAGCCCAGGCUCCGAGGCGGCGUUUCCGGGCUUCCACCCCGCCCCUGCUCCAAGGCCCUGUCGCCUCCCCUUGUCCAUCAGCGCGGCCUGCUUCCUGCAGCCGCCCGCCCGCCGCCUGCCGGAGCCGGCCCUGCUUGGGGCAGGAAGGAGGGCCGCAGGGCUCAGGGCUCCAAGGGCCCUGGCGAGAGCGUGGGAUCCAGAACAGGCCCACCCGGCCCCAGCCCACUGUUCGGUUCCAGCUCAGCCUCCAGCCUGCAGCUCCGGGGCGGCGCAGCGGAAGGCAAACUUACAGCCGGUAUCAGACCUUGGAACUAGAAAAGGAGUUUCUCUUUAAUCCUUAUUUGACACGAAAGCGCCGGAUUGAAGUCUCUCAUGCCCUGGGACUGACUGAGAGACAAGUGAAGAUCUGGUUCCAGAACCGAAGGAUGAAGUGGAAAAAGGAGAACAACAAGGAUAAACUGCCCGGAGCCCGAGAUGAAGAGAAGGUGGAGGAAGAAGGAAACGAGGAAGAGGAGAAAGAAGAGGAGGAAAAGGAAGAAAACAAGGACUAAGCAAAAAAAAGAGAGAUCCCCCCCCCCUCCCUUAGCAACUCCCUUGAAGUUUCGUUUUAUGGUAGCGGAUAAAUUGAGAAGUUUACGACUGUCAUUUGCUUUUAUAGAGAAUAGAAUGACACUCACAACUCUAACUACCUGUCAGAUACUUGCAGCUCUGGUUUUAUUACCUUUGGACUUCCCUCGAUCUUUAUUUGUUUGGGGGCUGGAGGGGGGGGAGACCGAGACACAGCGAAAAGUUCGGACUCCGUCUCAGUCCUUGCCCCAGCACACACACUUGUCCCUACCCCCACCCUUCGGAGUCCUUCCUGGAUUUUAAGGUCUGAGACCUGGCCUCUUCGCCCCUCUCUCACCCCUUUCUUGCCACACUCCCACCUCCCUGCUUCUCUGGUAUUUAUUUUAGAGGGGAGCCCUCUCAAAAUGCGGAGGAAGAAGACUUGUGGCUUUGUUUUUAUGCUAGGAUUAGUGUAUUAGAUUUCCUUCUUUGCAAAAGAAAGAAAAGUGAGGGAAGGCAGGCAAGGAAAGGGAGAUGUAUAAAGAAAUUUUUUCAAAAUGGUAGCAAGGAAUAUCCCUUCUCCCUCUCUGGGGCUCCCCCACUUAGAAAGACUCCCCCCCCCCCUUGACUUUCUCUAGAAACCUGAUGGAAACCUGAAGGAGAUGCAGGUCUCUCCCCUCCCCCUCUCCCCACAGGGUAGAUAGGAGCCUGCAGUCCCCGCUAAAAUCCUACCUAGCCAUCCCAUGGUCACUCGGGCCCAUGCCUUCCUCCCUUUCGCUGUCUGAUUUCUGUUGUUGGGCCCAGCUUCCUCUGAGCUGUACUAGUAUUAGCGCUCAGAAAUCACCAUAAUCAUGAAUACGAAUGAUAAUAAUAAUAAUAAUAAUACUGAUAAUGAAUCUUUAACAUACUACCUAAAGGGAACCUGCAAUAAUCUUGAAGAAAAUAAAAAAGAAAUUUUAAAAAAUCCUAAUAUGCAAGAAAAAAAAAGAGAAAAAAUUAAAAUUCAAAAAAAAAGAGAGAAACCUCCAACGUAUUUUAUCACUACCUAUAGAAAGAAAUCCUGCUUUGAGAGUAUUCGUAAUGCGGUUUUGUUGUUGUUUGUUGCUGCUUAUUUCACUAAGAAAAACCCAACAACUGAGACUGCCUAGCCCGCCGGUCCUGUGCGCUUUUAUUGUGCUUCUAACCCCAGUAGAGUAGAACUAAAUUGCACUGAAUGUAUAGUUAACUCUGUCUUGAAUUCUCUGUUUAUGCAAUGUGCUCGAAAGAAAAAAAAACGUUAAAAUAUAUCUAUAAUAAUAAUUUUUGGUCAUUCGUCUUUAUGUCCAGCUAUGAAUGUAGAUUUUGUGUCCCGGCAGCCCUGUUCCUGGUCCAAGUACUUUGUAUUGUAUACGUGAGUCAUAAUAAAAAAAAAAAGGAGAAAAAAUA